AUGGAAUGUCUGCUGAGCAAAGAUAUAGACAACAAGCAGAGGCAGCUCAAGAGAGUGACAAUGUCUGUUGCAGAUGGAUUACACUCUGCUUGCUACCACGGUCACAUUCGCCUAGUUCAGUUCUUACUGGAUAAUGGAGCUGAUAUGAAUCUAGUAGCUAGUGAUCCCAGCAGGUCUAGUGGUGAAAAAGAUGAGCAGACAUGUUUGAUGUGGGCUUAUGAAAAGGGCCAUGAUGCCAUUGUCACACUCCUGAAGCAUUAUAAGAGACCCCAGGAUGAACUGCCCUGUAAUGAAUAUUCUCAGCCUGGAGGAGAUGGCUCCUAUGUGUCUGUUCCAUCCCCAUUGGGGAAGAUUAAAAGCAUCACAAAAGAGAAAGCUGAUGUUCUCCUCCUACGGGCUGGAUUGCCUUCACAUUUCCAUCUUCAACUCUCAGAAAUUGAGUUCCAUGAGAUUAUUGGCUCAGGAUCUUUUGGGAAAGUAUAUAAAGGACGAUGCAGAAAUAAAAUAGUGGCUAUAAAACGUUAUCGGGCCAACACUUACUGCUCCAAAUCAGAUGUGGAUAUGUUUUGCAGAGAGGUGUCCAUUCUCUGCCAGCUCAAUCAUCCCUGUGUAAUUCAGUUUGUGGGUGCUUGCUUGAAUGAUCCCAGCCAAUUUGCCAUCGUCACUCAGUACAUAUCAGGAGGUUCUCUAUUUUCCCUCCUUCAUGAGCAAAAGAGGAUUCUUGAUUUGCAGUCUAAAUUAAUUAUUGCAGUAGAUGUUGCCAAAGGUAUGGAAUACCUUCACAACCUGACACAGCCAAUUAUACACCGUGACUUGAACAGCCAUAACAUUCUUCUCUAUGAGGAUGGGCAUGCAGUGGUAGCAGAUUUUGGAGAAUCAAGAUUUCUACAGUCUGUGGAUGAAGACAACAUGACAAAACAACCUGGGAACCUCCGCUGGAUGGCUCCAGAGGUGUUCACGCAGUGCACGCGCUACACCAUCAAAGCCGACGUCUUCAGUUAUGCUCUGUGUCUGUGGGAACUCCUCACCGGCGAGAUUCCUUUCGCCCACCUUAAGCCAGCAGCUGCAGCAGCAGACAUGGCUUAUCACCAUAUUAGGCCUCCGAUUGGCUAUUCCAUUCCCAAACCCAUAUCAUCUUUGCUGAUGCGAGGGUGGAAUGCAUGUCCUGAAGGAAGACCUGAGUUUUCUGAAGUUGUUACGAAGUUAGAGGAGUGUCUCUGCAACAUUGAGCUGAUGUCUCCUGCAUCCAGUAACAGCAGCGGGUCUCUCUCACCUUCCUCUUCUUCUGAUUGCCUGGUGAGCCGGGCAGGGCCAGGCCGAAGUCAUGUGGCAGCUCUGAGAAGUCGUUUUGAGUUGGAAUAUGCUCUAAAUGCCAGGUCCUAUCCUUCCUGGACACAAAGUGCUGGACCAGGCUCCUCUCAAGGCCUGUCUUUGGAGGAGGUGAAAAGAAGUUUGCAGUACUCACCCAUUGACAAGUACGGCUACGUGUCGGAUCCCAUGAGCCCAAUGCAUUUUCAUUCUUGCCGGAACAGUGGCAGCUUUGAGGACAGCAGCUGACAGCAUUUGGCAUAUACCUAAGAGGAGUUUUCCCCCACACUGACAGCAAUGAGUCCAAUCAUGGCAGGCUUGCUCCCAAUUAUACUACUUUACUCUCUAAGGUCUCCUUAAAUUGGCCUGUUUAUACUGGUCCUACUUCAUCCCUCUUCAUGAGUUGGUUUUUGGGUUUGUGGUUAAAGAAGGAGAUGUAAAAGAACCAAGACAGAAUAUAUAUCAAGGAUUGUUUUUCACUUUGUAAGUAAAAAAAAAACACAGUUUACUUUAUAACUUGGAAAUGGGGCCUCAGUCUGUGGUGGGCACUUAAUAAUUAUUAUUUUUUCCUAGACAGAGUUAUGUACACUUGUGUUUGAGAGACCUGGGUUUGAUUUCUUAGAAUAUUGGUCAUUUUCUUAUCUCACUAUGUUACUUCUGGUGUUGAGCUCCACGAUUAAAGAUUCUUUGGUGGUGUAGAAAAUUGA